GCUCUCGCGGCCUCCCUCACCUGGGCGGGGGGAGGGGAGGGCGGCGUCGACGGUGACGGUCCCCUCCCGUCCCGAGCCCCCGUAUCUCCGGGAGGGAGGGGCGCCCGUUGUUCUCGGCUCUGGCGCUGCCCGCUUGUCCUUCCUUCCGCUCCUCAGAGGCGGGAGAAGGGCGGGCUCAGCCGUCCGCCGAGUCUCCGCCUUCGCCGAAUGGCUGCGCUUUUCUCUCCCCCCCCCAGCGGAUUCCGGGCGGAAGUGACGUUGCUCCCUCAGACGGCAACCCAGAACCCGUCUGAACGGCCUAACCGUCGCAACGGCUAGCUACCCAUGCUUGGGCUUCGGCCAAUGGGGUGGGCGUUCGGGCUGGUUGCGAAAACGGAUUGGGAGCAUGCGAGGAGAGGGGCGGGAUUCCCCCAACAAACGGCUCGGUGAUUGGACAGGACGCAGACACAACUUACUGAGAAUUCAGUGCGAAGCGGAGAAAGAUUUGGCUCUUGCGCUUCCCCGUUUGACUCGCUUUAUAAUUUGGCGGCUUUUGCGCGUCCACAAACUUCAAAAUUAACACUAUAAACAGCUAAAGAUGUCAGCUGGGUAUCCGUGCCUGUUAUACUGAGUAUAUUCUAUGAUUGGUAUUAGUAAUUGUAUUAAUUUGGUAUUGUUAUAAUGAGGCUAUUAUUGGAUUGUAAUUGAAAAUUAAUAAAAAAAGUAUCUAAAAAUUGAGUAUAUUCUGCCACAACUUGGGUUAUUUAUACCCUGCCUUUUUAAACACGGUACACAAGCUAGCUUGCGAAGAUAAUAUAAUUCAUAAUAAAACUCAACUUAAACAAUUUACAGCUCCUGUCAAGCAUCUCCGCAGCUGCAUUCCAGAUCAGUUGUAGCUUCUGUCUUCAAGAGUAGAUCCUUGUAAAGCACAUUACUGUACUGUAAGCAAUCCUGGAGAUGACAGGAACAGGACUGGCUGAGAUCAGGUCAAAUUUCUUCAGGAAAGCGAGCUAUUGACAUGCAAGAUCUGGGGUGCCAACUUCAAUAAAAUGCCGGGGGGCAUUAUGCGCCCUCCUGCAUAAUCGAUCACAUGUUGCGGUGCAUGGACACCAUUUGAAUGGCAUUGCCUAUCGACUUUGGGGGCCCCGGCCCCCUCAAAUAUUUUAGGGGGGGCAAAGGCCUCAAGGAGUUCGCUCCUAUGUGCAAGAUGGAGUUGAUAAAACACUUGUGGCCAUCCAUUUGCGCAUCUGGGUCCAAGAAAUCUUCCAGACUCCAAACCUGUUGCUUAAAAGUGACUGCAGUUCCGUUCAGAUUAGGCUCAAUCCAGGAUCACCAGUACUAAAACCUGCAACUAACGGUGCUUCUGUCAUGCCUAGAUUAAAUUUUAGCUUGCCCAUCCAUCCAAAAGACACUUUUUCAAGAACCUGUGCUUCCUCCUUGGGAUCGGAAGCUGGGACUGAAAGAGAGAGCUGGGUGUCAUCUGCUUAUUUAUGAUACACUUGCAGCUGUUAAAAAACAAAUAAUUUUUAGUUUUCCCUGUGGAGGAAUAGAUAUGUUUUAAAUUCCUUGGUAAAUUAUAACUGUUUUGCUUCAAGUGGUUUUUGGUCUUUUCCUUGGUCUGGCUUUAAAAGCAACUUAUAAAAUGGUCUUAUAUAAUCAGGACUAGAGAUGUUUAAAAAUCCACUCAGAAAAGCUGAAUGCCGCAACACAACCUAUAGAAAUGAUGCAGAUUUAUAUACUUUAACUUAUUUUUUCUUCAGCUAGUUAUGAGAAGCUGCAAGGGGUACCCCAAACAAGCCAGCUUUUGUAUCCAUAAGGCAGUUUGCUCUUUUUAAAAGCCAAUCUUCUCCAAAAACAAUGAUGUCCUGGGAAUCGAGCAAAGAAGACUGGACGGAAGAUCUGAGAAUCGAGUCCUGGAUCCUCGAGAGGGGCUAAGGAACUACACGUGAACGCGAUCUCCUUUGGGAAGGGAUCUGGAGUCAAUCUCUUGCCAGUUCAGUGGCUCUUUCCCGUCUGCAGGUGGCGAGAGAGGCUUAAGCGAGCAGCACAGGCGGAAGAACCUCGAGUCAGAUCACUCCUCCUCUUCCUGGACGCUGGAGACCCGGUCUCAACCGGGAGACCCGGGAGUUCUUGCGUGUUUUGCCAUGGCAGCCGAGGCCAGGUGGUGCUACCGGGGGGAUCCCCAGGAGGAACAGUGCGCUCCGCUCGGUAAGAAGGAGGGAGAAGCCGGAGGCAAUGCUCUUUGUACCCUCUUCUGCUUCCCACUGCGCAAUGAUAACUUUUCCGCCUUCCUCUGCUCCACGUGGGAAUGUGUAGCCUGGCAGCGUGCAAGAGAUCUGGCGUGCAUUUGCUCGACUCUCGGCGCCCCUAGGGCAGCCGGCAGCUGAGCUUCCCUCCUGGGCAGGUGAAAAUGGAGAUAGAAAACCGAUUGAAAGGAUUAGGACCAAGAGUCGCGAUUAAGGGUUGCGUUAGCAUUGGGCAGGAAAGUUACGAAUAUGUUCUUACUUGAGUGUGGUUUGGCGUUGACCUUCGACGUUAGUUAAAACAAUAGGUAUAAGAAUGGCAAAUCUUGUGUUGUGUUGCCCUUUUAUAUAAUAUUAUUUAUUAUAUUAUAUUGAUGCUGGUGGUGCUGUGGUCUAAACCAUGGAGCCUCUUGGGUUCAAAUCUGUGCGAUGGUGUGAUGCUCUGUCCCAGCUCCUGCCAACAUGGCAGUUCGAAAGCAUAUCAGUGCAAGUAGAUAAAUAGGUACUGCUGUGGCGGGAAGGUAAACGGCAUUUCUGUGCGUUCUGGCUUCCGUCACAGUGUUCCGUUGCGCCAGAAGCGGUUUAGUCAUGCUGGCCACAUGACCCGGAAAGCUGUCUGUGGACAAACGCUGGCUCCCUUGGCCUGAAAAGCAAGUUGAGCGCUCACCCCACAGUCACCUUUGUGUGGAUUUAACCAUCCAGGAGUCCUUUACCUUUUUACCUCUUAUAUUAUUAUUACUGUGUUUCUUCCCCACCCUUUCUCUUACUCUAGACUCAUUGGUUUGUUCUCACCAUUUGCUUACAGUUCAGUUUACAAAUGGGAAGUUGAAGAGUUCAGAAAAUAUGAAUUUUACCUUGUACAGAAACAAAGACACCAAUAACCCCAAAAAGAAAAAUAAACGAAUGUUGGUAAGUGACAUUCCCUUAAUACAGGUUCUGUUUUAUGUUUCUGUGGAACUGUAUAUGUGUUUGUUUGUUUUUAUUAUUAGUUUUAUACAUUCUGUACAUUCUGCUUUUCCUUUAUUAAGCUUUCAGAGGUUUAUGUAGGGCUGCGGUGGUUUUAUCAUGAGUCUUUCUUUGUAAUAAUCUCUUUGGCCGCUGGGAAAGGCCUCAACCAUAACAUUUCUGUUAUAUUCCAGUGAUAGGAAGUUGGGAAUGCUGCCCAGGGUAAGAUCUGAGAUCCUGAAAUGCGACUUCAUAAUACUUUUAAAAAACCACAGCUGUGCUGAUGUAGGCCACAUCUUAAGAUGUGUUAAAAGGAAUUGAUUCAUGUACGCACACAUAUUGCCAUUACUGUGCUAUUUGUUUGAACAUGGUGGUAAUACAUGAGCCUGCAAAUCUUAAUAGUUGUAUAGAAAAGACCGUAUCAGGAGGUACAUUUUCUCCCACCAUAACAAAGGGCCAAUGGGACAAGUUGCAAUUUCCCAAAAUCUCGUUUUUGACUGAUUUUUCUAGCUCACCCAUGUCAAUGUUCCCUCAUUGGGAAAAUGCAAUUCUCAGGGCAAUUUCUAGUAUUGUCAGUGGAUGUGAUGGGACUUCCGCUUCCUUUUCUCUCUGCUGCAGAAAAUCCUUCAAGGUUUUGGAGCAGAUUUUGAGAGUGUGGUGGGAGGAAGAAAUGAAUAAGAAUAAAAAUGUGCACCCCACCCCCAAGACCAUUCCAACCUCCCAAAAUUUCAACACCUCUUGCGAUGGUUUGACCCCUUUCCAUUUUAACUGUUCUACAAACACCCUCCAUAUCUUCUCAAAAUCAUUCCUCCUGCAUCUUCCCCAUCUUACCUUAAUGGCACAUGUUAAUUUAUCAUUAAUAGCGAUAUCCCACACCUCUUUAUACCAUUCUUCCAUUUUAUAUUCUGCUUGCCCCUUCCACUUCCUAGCUAUCAUAAUUUGUGCAGCUGUAAAUAAAUUUGUGAGCAAGUCCUUCACAGGUUGAGAACCUUCCACCCCAUCGUAAAUGGAUAAUAAUGCUACCUCUGGAGCGAGGCCUACAAAAUCUAAAUCCCACAGAAAAAUAACAGAACCUGUGAUUUUUUUUUGCGUGGAAAGUGGCUGCCUAAGAAAGGGCCCAUGCCAUUGGUGGUGCCAAGUACUGGCAGUUCACUUGCCAAUGCCAUUUUUGUCAAAAAUUUAGAGUUUUCUUUAAAAAAACUUAUUUAUUACGUUGACUAAGAGUCAGGGAUUGGCAGCCUAUGGGUACAACCUGGCUCAAGGAGGGAGAACAGCAGGCUCCAUAUCGCUACCGCCUUACAAUGCCGGGGCAACAAAAGUUGUGUAUCUUUCCAGCUAGUCGUCUUCUGACUGGACUCAGUAAGCCUCUAGCUGGAAGGAAAGGUGAAACAGGAGAAAAUCAUGUGUUUGAUUACUGUGCAACCACGUGUGUUAUCGUUUAUUUGGGACUUUGUCAGUCUUGAGGUUAGCAAAUCCCCAUUCUGAGGUGAAAAAAAUUGGAGCUUUCAGGAGUAUUUAAGCCAGUGUGGAAAUCUGCUUUCACCUAGAAAACCUGCACCCAGAACUCACUCUUUUUUUUCUUCCUUCCUGUUUAGAAUGCGGAAACAGAAAGACUCUCUUAUGUAGGAAAUAACUUUAGCACAGGAGCUAUGAAAAGCAGGACUCCAUGCAGGUAUAAUUUGUGAAGCUGUCUAAAAUGCAUGAGUAUAGCAGUAUGUUUGCUUUCUUUAGACUGUCAGCAUGAUGCUGGUUGUAAAUGUUUGAGACUGUAAGUAUGAAUUGGUUCAAGAUAGCAAUCUUUGUUUCUUAACAUUUAAAUGGAGUGUUUUGAGUCACAAAGACAAAUAUGUGCUCUGUUUCAUAAACUACAGACACCAUAGACUAUAAAAUCAGACAACUGUGCAUGUCUUAGAGCAUAAUACCAUAAUGAUGCUUAUAUUUAUUCAAUAGUUCCCAGCCCCUUGGUAAAUUACCAAUGGAAGUGACAAAUGUAAAGAGCCUUGCAAGUUUAGGGGUCCACCAAUUUAGAUUAUUAUUCAAUAGUUCCCUUUAUUGCUUCUUGUGGGUUGGUUUGUUUAUUGGCUAAUUGCCUGUUUCAUUAUCCUGUUUGCAACAUUUAUAUGCCGCCUUUCUGUCAAUGCAUUGAUUGAAGGUGGUUCACAGUUCAAAAUAAUGGCUUUUAGUAUAAUGGUUGCAAUACAAAAGGGAGAAGGGACAAGAAGGAAGAAGAAAGUAAGUAAAGCUGUAGUCACUCUAAGAGGCAACCAAGGAAUGGGAAGAACCAAAUAAUAAUUUUAGCUAGCCUUUUGCCACAGAAACGGGUCAUAAGGAGGCUUACAGUACAGUGAUUUCAAGUAAGAAAUACUAUUUGAGUCAUAGACGCAAAAACUGCUAAAAUAAUAAAUCUGGCUAAUGAUUACAAUUGCUGUAGAAAACAAAAGAUGUCCUCCCAAUGCAAUGUGCUAGCUAUUACUAAACUAGGAAAAAAUAGUACAGCCGGUUAGCUUUUGAGAUUAAAUAUUAUCUCUUCCAUUAGAUACUUUGUUGGUGUAUUAGACAAGAACUCUGGACAAAUGGAAGUCUAUAAUGCAGAGUUAUUCAACAUGCAGCCAUUGAUUUCAGGUGGGUAAAAUAUGCUUCUUCAUAUUUAUAGUGGAUUUGAGGGGCGCUGCUUAUAUUCCUGGUGGCCUGUACUAACACAGAGUCAGGUAAUAUAUACUGAAUGUUGUCUAGGUUGCAUUUUGAUUGCGGUUCUCAAAGAAAAAGUUGGGGCUUUCUAAGAAGCAAGCUGCAUAAUCACCCCAGCUGUAUGACACACUCCUUGCCGGAUUGUUCUGGCUUGAACGCUGUCGCGUGUUAAAAAUAAAAACCUAGCCUGUCAGGGAGAAAGGCUAGUAAGGAAUACUUCUCCGUCAUAUGCGACUUUUCAGUGCGCAGGAUUCCUUCAAUAUGAAGGGACAUUCAAGCAUGUGAUUUCCCCCUCCCUUCAGUACUGUUGUUGCAAGCAUAUAAGGAAUACAGUGGUGCCUCACAAGACGAAAUUAAUCUGUUCCGCGAGUCUCUUCGUCUUGCGGUUUUUUCGUCUUGCGAAGCACGGCUUAGCGGCUAUUAACGCAUUAGUCCGCUCUUUCUUAUCACGCCCAAAGAGAUCCAACUUGUAAGUCUAACAGGCUAAUGAGCCAUCUGUGGUUGAACUAGGAAUACUCCUGGCCACACACACUUUAGCGGCUUAGCGGCUAUUAACGGCUUAGCGGCUAUUAACGCAUUAGUCCGCUCUUUCUUAUCACGCUCAAAGAGAUCCAACUUGUAAGUCUAACAGGCUAAUGAGCCAUCUGUGGUUGAACUAGGAAUACUCCUGGCCACACACACUGUAGCGGCUUAGCGGCUAUUAACGGCUUAGCGGCUAUUAACGGCUUAGCGGCUUUAAGAAAAAGGAAACAAACUCGCAAGAACUCUCAAGACGUUUUGUCUUGCGAAGCAAGCCCAUAGGGAAAUUCGUCUUGCGGAACGACUCAAAAAACGGAAAACUCUUUCGUCUUGCGCGUUUUUCGUCUUGCGAGGCAUUUGUCUUGCGAGGCACCACUGUACCUGUUGCCCACUCAAAAUGUGUCCAAGAAUCGACAGGCGCAGCAGUGGAGAAAAAGAAGGCAAAGUUUAUUGCUGAGCAAUAAAGACCCAGUGGAAUAGUUUCCAGAGCCUGGCCCCCGAAGCCCCUGGGCAUUGGGUUUUUUUAUACCUGAUUACAAACAGCGGAAAACAUGACAUAUUCAUAUAUUGCAGCAAAAUCAAACCAAUGAGCGGGCACAAGCUCUUCCUCUGCCCAUGUAAAGAAUACUUCUGCUUUUCUCAGAUGGUGCAUCUUCAUUGCCCUCUAAUUUUCAGCAAUAAAGAGGAAAAGAAACCUAUUUGACCAUUGAAACCUGAAGAACCCCCACCAUCUGUUGUCGGCUAGAAAAUGGCAUUGUGGUAUACUGCUUUUUCCUGUUCCCCACCUCCACCCCAUCUCGUGAACAUGAGAAGCAGUCUGGCGAAGAUUCCCUAUAGAAAAAUGCCAACACAUCAGAUUUAUUGUUUCCUUCAAGCACGAUAGCCGGGCAGAGAGAGAAGUAGGGCAAAGGGCUUGAGAUUUAAGCACUUUUAGCUCUGCUGAAGCCUUAGUGAUUUGAACAUCAUUAGGAUAUAUGGAUAUAUAAAAAUCAUCAUUAGGAUAUAUGGUUAUAUAUGGAUAUAUGAUUAUAUAGAAAUCAUAAAGGUAAAAUUCUUCCAGGUGGUUUUGCCACACUGUGAAGCAAUACAAUCUAGCCAGAGGCGUGUCACAUGUGACUGCUGACAAUGUAGCUCAGCGCUAAAGAGGAGCAUGCAGCCUAUGAGGACCCAUUACCUCCAGUUUCAGGCUAGAAGGCAAGGUUUGGUGUAUUACUUUUUGGUUAAAUGAACCCCAGAUACACUGCUGUUGCCUCACUCCUGCCCUCUUGGUGUUGGGAUGGGUUUCUAUGGUCAAAUAUGGAUUACACUCAUACAGAUGCAUCAAGCCAUGUGAGAAGCAGUUGUUGCUUCAUGGUAUCUUUCUCCUGCCCACUGCUUGGAAGAUUGGAAUGACUUGUUUUGGUCUUCUGGAAGCUUGCUGAGAACCUGCCAGCACAUGAAUGCAGGUGGCAAAUCAAUCACAUGGACCUUCCACAUCAAAUAUUCCCUGCCUGAGAAAUGCAAGAGGGACAAGGGUUCCAGGCUAGUUUCCUGGACAAGCUAAUAUUCUGCGUGCUACAAUUUAAGAAGGAUAAACUGGAACGUGGGCAGAGGCAGGCAACCAAGGUGAUCAAGGGUCUGGAAACCAAGCCUUAUGAGGAACAGUUGAAGGAGUUGGGUAUUUUUAGCCUGGAGAAGAGAAAACUGAGAGGAGAUAGGAUAGCCGUCUUCAAAUAUUUAAAGGGUUGUCACAUGGAAGAUAGAGAGAGCCUGUCUUCUCUUGCUCAGGGUGGGGACUGGGACCCAAACCAAUUGGUUCAAGUUACAAGAAAGGAGAUUCCGACUAAACAUCAGGAAAAACUUUAUGACUGUAAGAGCUGUUUGACUAUGAAACAGAAUCCUACGAGAGGUGGUGGACUCUCCUUCCUUGGAGGUUUUUAAGCAGAGUUUGGAUGGCCACCUGUCACGGAUGCUUUAGUUGAGAUUCCUGCAUUACAGGGGGUUGGACUAGAUGUCUUGGUCAUGGUGGCUACUUUGGAAUCUGCUGGAUUGAUUGCUUCUGUCGACAGGUGUCUUAUGUACAGGUACUGUAAUGAGCUGGGAUUACAGGUAAGACCUCUCCCUUACAGCAGGUGCUUCUAAUCUCAGCUCGUUAAAUACAGUGAAGAUACCAGGUAGCCUGACAUCUGGCUGCUUGAUAGGGGAUCCAAUACUUAUUUCACUCAUUACAAUGCACAUCAAUCUCUUCUGGGUUUCUGGGGGGGGGGGGUUCCUGUUGCUUUUCUGUCUCCCACAGCUACAAUAAACCUACCAUUGAAAUUAUGGACUGGUCAUUUCUUCAUCAGAGGGCAAACGGGCACAUUUAGCAGGGGAUCAAAUACUUUCCCCCCUCACUGUACCUGCCAACUCUACAAUUCUAUGAUUUGGGAGGAUAUUAAAACAUGCACUUCCUAAUCCUGGUUAAGUACAUGCUUUUUUCUGAAUGUUUAAGUUGGUUCUUGGAUAGCACUUUAGAACCCCUUGUAGGCCAAAGAGAACAUGGUGUCCUCACUAACCUCUGAUUGGCAGAGCAUAGAGAUCCUACUGGAAAGCCAUUUCGAUGAGAGGACCUGUAACAACAGCUUCAUUGUGCUUCGUGGUGUUGUAAUGUAGAUGCUUUCAUUUCCCCAUGCUUCAGGUUCCCGUUGGUGGGGAUCAGGGCCAGACUGACUUUGAGGGCUGUCAGUCCUGAUUGUGCUAAAUUGUUAUCCUUUUCUUUUCUUUUAACAGAUGGUGUAGCUGAUGAUGACCUGUCAGAAUAUUUGACUAAAUCCUAUCGAGAGAAGGUACAAUUUACAAAGUUGUCUGUGGACAAAUGCCAGUUCCUUUGGCCUAAAAGCGAGAUGAGUGCCGCAACCCUAUAGUCGCCUUUAACUGGACGUAAUCGUCCAGCAGUCCUUUACCUUUACUAGAUAGACUCAUAGGUUCCUAUAAAAGUAUGUGAAUGACCUCUCAUUCCUACUUUUGCCCUCACACAGGGUCUUCCUGGAGUGUUCAACUGCCAUUAAUUUCACAGUCUUUGAUUCUAGCAAUAGAAUCUCAAUAGAAUCUCUUGCAAUAGUAUACGUCUGCUCAUAGUUUAAUGGUUUGUUUUUUCAUGGAUUAUUGCUUCAGCAAUGUUUCUAGAAAUCACUACAUAACAAGCUGUUUUUAUGUUGCUGAAUCUAAAAAGAUGACCCAGCUGUAACUGGGAAGAGAAUGGGUAUGUUUUGUUUAAACAGUGUUUGCCAGAUAAUUUGGAAUAAUUUAAUUCCCUGGUUGCCUUCUCAUAAUUCCGCUGCCUUCAAUGGGUUUGAAAUACGAGAUUUAUUAUUAGCACCUUAUUAGCUGCCCCCAAAGUGAGCUUGCCUUGUGACUUAUUCCAGUGAGAAUAGCCUUGUGGUGCUGGUGCAGCAAUUUCUUGAUUAUGCAUUUGCAGAUAGAUAUGUGCAUUGAAGCCUUUGGAACCAACAAGCAGAGAAGAGCCCUGAAUUCUCGGAGGAUGAAUGAGGUUGGCAAGGAGGUGUUGAAUAAGGCUGUAACCAAAGCGGCAGAAGACAUUAUAGAGACAAAGGGGGUUGCUGGUAAGUAACGACAGCUUUGGAGAAGAAAAAUUGGAGCACCAAGCCUGCCUAAUAGAUUUCCCAGAGUCCAUUUCAGUCUCUGAACUUAUCUAUUAACAGACGUGGUUUACAAGAAGAAAAAAACAGAGUGCAUAGUCGAAGCACACAGAUAAUACAGUCAACACAGUUCUGAUUAUUUAUGUUAAGAAAAAACCAAAUCUGUAUUAACUGUAUCCAUAACUAUAUGACAAAAAUCAAAGGAAAUUAUUAGGCAGCAUAAACACUGUUCACACAACCACUUUCAUAGCAUCUCUUUCACCACCCAUGCAAAUAAUAAUAAUAAUAAUAAUAAUAAUAAUAAUUUAUUUAUACUCCCACCCAUCUGGCUGGGUUUCCUCAGCCACACUGGGCGGCUCCCAACAGAAUAUUAACAACACAACAAAACAUCAAACAUUAAAAACUUCCCUAAACAGGGCUGCCUUCAUAUGUCUUCUAAAAGUCAAGGAGAUAAGCAACUACCUGACAUCUGAUGGGAGCGCAUUUCACAGGGCGGGCACCACUGCCAAGAAGGCCCUCUGCCUGGUUCCCUGUAGCUUCACUUCUCACAGUGAGGGAACUGCCAGAAGGCCCUCGGAGCUGAAUCUCAGUGUCUGGGCUGAACGAUUGGGGUGGAGACACUCCUUCAGGUAUACUGGGCUGAGGUCGUUUAGGGCUUUAAAGGUCAGCACCAACACUUUGAACUGUGCUCGGAAACGUACUGGGAGCCAGUGUAGGUCUUUCAGGACCGGUGUUAUAUGGUCUCAGCAGCCACUCCCAGUCACCAGUCUAGCUGCCACAUUCUGGAUUAAUUGCAGUUUCUGGGUCACCUUCAAAGGUAGCCCCACGUAGAGCAGUAGUCCAAGCGGGAGAUAACCAGAGCAUGCACCACUCUGGCAAGACAGUCUGCCUGCCUACCAGAUGGAGCUAGUAGAGAGCUGCCCUGGACACAGAAUUGACCUGCACCUUUAUGGACAGCUGUGAGUCCAAAAUGUCUCCCAGGCUGCGCACCUGGUCUUUCAGUGACACAGUUACCCCAUUCCCUAUUCAGGACCAGGGACUCCUCAACACACCAUCAUCAUGAUUAUUAUUUUUUAUUUUAUUUUAUUUAUACCCUGCCCAAUCAACCACUCAUACCCAAAUUGCUCAUGGUCACCAGAACUACAGGCUGCAUGCUCACUGUGCAUUCACAUUAGUUGGCAGCCAAUGCAUUGGCAGACCAUGGUGGCUGCUGCAGCUAUUGCAUUUCGGUGUUGCAUAUUCUCCCUGCUUCUCGGGAUAACAUUCCGUUUGCCUUCAUAGCUUUGGUCAGCGAUGCGGCAGAGGGUGAUAAGGCCGAUGUCUCUCUCGUUCUUCCCCCAUGCCACGAAGAUGCUGGCAGACCAGAGGAUGUCUACAAGCUCGAGGACAGUAUCCUUUAUAAGCUUGCAUCGCAAUGUGGGCAGAACCCAACCUUAAUGUAAAGGAAUAGGCUUCAGUGUCACGGGGCAGGAGAAGAGAAAGUGUGUGUGGCCAGGAGUAUUCCUAGUUCAACCACAAAUGGCUCAUUAGCCUGUUAGACUUACAAGUUGGAUCUCUUUGGGCGUGAUAAGAAAGAGCGGACUAAUGCGUUGGGGGUUUCAGAAGCUCAGUUUUAGUGGGAAAUAGUACGAUGGUAACGGGACACGGGUGGCACGGGAGCCUAGGACUUGCCGAUCAGAAGGUCGGCAGUUCGAAUCCCUACGACGGGGUGAGCUCCCGUUGCUUGGUCCCUGCUCCUGCCAACCUAGCAGUUCAAAAGCACAUCAAAGUGCAAGUAGAUAAAUAGGUACCACUCCAGCGGGAAGGUAAACAGCAUUUCCGUGCGCUGCUCUGGUUCGCCAGAAGCGGCUUUGUCAUGCCAGCCACAUGAUCCGGAAGCUUUCUGUGGACAAACGUCGGCUCCCUCGGUCUAUAGAGUGAGAUGAGCGCACAACCCCAGAGUCAGUCACGACUGGACCUAAUGGACCUUUACCUUUAGUACGAUGGUAGCACUGAACUAAUGUGUAGGCUAGAGAUUUGGGCACUCGUGAAGUCUGAUCACAUAUAACGUUAACCAUUGUAAGGAAGGAAGCAUUUUUCUCCUUACCUAAAUGGUAUCCUUGGGGGAAUCCUGCCUUGGCCUGGCAGGUUGAAGGUUCUCUCAGCUUCCAUAAAAUCGAUCUGCCCCAGACUACCCUCCUUUAUUUCACUGUUCCAUAAUCAUGGUUGAUGACAGUGAUUGGAUAGUGAAGUGUGUCCCCCCACCCAUAUAUAGAUUUAUUCUGUGUGUGAGAGAGAGAGUGUUGAGUAUCCCAGGACCUUGCUAGAUUGCUCUGUCUUUUCAUAAAUCUUGAAGUGAUGCUAUAGCUGAAACUAGUUCUUUGAGGGAUGAGGGCUAGAUUCUGGUAAAAAUAAAUGACCCUGAGACAUUAGCUCAAAGUCAGAAAUAUACUGGAGUUCACUCAUGGUUGUGCUAUAAUCUUCUUUGCUAUACAGUCAGUUUUAUUGCACAUAGCCAAAGGCUGCUGCAAUGUACACAGGAUCAUUCAACAAUUAAAAGAAAUUAUACUGGAUUGAUACAGUUGUACCUUGGCUGGCGAACGGAAUCUGUUCCGGAAGUCCGUUCAACUUCCAAAAUGUUGGCAAACCAAGGCACUGGCUGAUUCACCCCGGAAAAAAUGCCGACAGCCGAAACAGACGUUCGACUUCCAAAAAACGUUCGCAAACCGGAACACUUACUUCCAGGUUUGUGGCGUUUGGGAGCCAAAACAUCCGAGCACCAAGGCGUUCAAGAAUCAAGGUACGACUGUAAUAGAAUACUUAGAAAGCAUUUUUCAUUGGUACAGAAGAGAGCAUCCCUCCCUCACAGGCUAAAUAGAUCUGGCGAAAGACGUUUUGUCUUUCCCCACUAAUUAGAAAGUUCUCCUACAUGUGCCUAGCUGAAAUGAAAAGGGGUGGUGCAGUCCUGAUGGGCUGGCUGCCAUUCUUAAGGGUGUCCCACCUCACGUCACUGCCUCAUGGUAGGACUGCCUCUGGGAGCUAAACCUCAGUUAGCAUUUGGAGGACCCUAGGAAGUCAUCGCGGGUGGCACUGUGGGUUAAACCUUACAGACCCUAGGACUUGCCGAUCAGAAGGUCGGCGGUUCGAAUCCCCGCAACGGGGUGAGCUCCCGUUCCUUGGUCCCAGCUCCUGCCAACCUAGCAGUUCGAAAGCCCAUCACAGUGCAAGUAGAUAAAUAGGUACCGCUCCGGCGGGAAGGUAAACGGCCUUUCUGUGUGCUGCUCUGGUUCGCCAGAAGCGGCUUAGUCAUGCUGGCCACAUGACCCAGAAGCUGUACACCGGCUCCCUCAGCCAGUAAAGCGAGAUGAGCGCCGCAACCCCAGAGCCAUCCACGACUGGACCUAGUGGUCAGGGGUCCCCUUUACCCUUUAGGAAGUCAUCAGAAGCCAGCUGUGUUGUUAUUGUUUUUCUGAAAAAGGCUCUAGUUAUUCCACCUGCUGAGUAUGAGGCGCUUCAGGCUCCUGCGGCAGCUUUCAUGAAUGUAACCUCAGAAGAAAUCCUCAAAAUGGCAGAAGAGAAAAGGUAUGGGCAGUCUUAACGUUUUGCUGAGGAAAGGGAGUAUUGAAAUACUGCCUUGCGCUAACCAAAGAAGAGUGGCAGCUUAAGUUGACAGAAUACGUGCAGCUUGCAGAAUUAACAUAUAGAAUAAGAGAACAAGAAGAACAUACAUUUAAAGAAGACUGGAAAAUGUUUACUGAAUAUAUGGGUGAAAACUGUGUACAGCUGAAAACACUGGCAGAAUUAAGAUAAAUUCAACAGGGUAGAUAAGUUUUGAUGGAUGUAAUAACGGAAUACUGAAUGGUUUAGUUUAUGUUAAAUAUGCAGGGAUUUAUGAUAUGCAAAAGGAACAGUGGAAAGAGAAGAAGGGAAGUCAUUGGUGUUUUAAGGUUGUUUAAAUGAAUAUUCUAAAUUGUAAAACAGAAUCUAAUAAAUAUUACACACACACACACACACACACACACACAGAGAGAGAGAGAGAGAGAGAGGUAUAUUUUCCUUUUCUCCUCCUCCUCCUAGUGUGGGUUUAUGGCAAAAUUGUCAUGCCAUGCUACUGUAGGCUUUCAGAAUAGUUAGGGAAUCUUUUACUCUUUAAUCAAGGUGUGUUAUGUAUUGUAAUUUGCUACCUACUUAGACUGUAACUUUGCUGUCUAAAGCAGCAUUUUUAUAUAUUCUGUCCCUCCUAUUUUAUGAAAUAAACCAAGCUUUCUUGAAAGAAAAAGGAACUGGGAAUAGCCUGGUGGGAACUGAGCGGCAUAGCGGGAUGAGGAACGCUAUACAGGCGGGCAUAAUUACAGGGGUACGAUGAGCUGGAUAUCCAUCCAGCUUCUUAAAUCUGUGUUCCUUAGUCCUAAUUAUAGAGGGUGCCAAGGCAUAAACAAGCAACAGUAGGUUUCACAGGACAGUAAAUGAUGUCCAAAGUAAAUUCUAAUUGGAGUAUACCCAUUGAAAUUAAUAAGAAGAAGUUCAUUUCUUUCAAUGGAUCUACUCUGAAAAGGACUAACAUUGGACGCAACCCAAUAUCUUCGUUUUAACAGGGUGGCUUCUGUUGUAACACUACGCUUGCUUUUAAAUCACACAGAAUUCUGUUAAUUUGCAGUAGCCGGAGAAGCUACUUCUGUUGCCAGAUGCACUUUGGCCUAAUGACAGCCUCUUCUGUCUUCCCUAGAUACUGCUCCUUUGUCCUGGAUGAACUUAAGGCCAUGCCUCUGGAUGAGAAGAAGCGUGAUCACAAGGCUCGAUGUCUUUCGUUUUUGGAUUGUCUUGUCAAGCUGAGCUCGCAAAGGGUAGUUAAAAAGAAACGUAAGAUUUCCCUCCUUGCACCUCUUACUUACCUGAAAGAUAAUAAUCUAUUCAUGUCACCAGUAAUCCUUUUAACCCACUUGACUUUCGAUUCAUUGAGAACCACACCUCAUCUGCAGAGGUGUCAUGGGCAGUGUGAAAAAAUCUCUUUGCUGUCACGUAUCGCAUGCUCUUUUGACAUGUUUGGCAGCUACUUAUACAGUGGUACCUUGGUUCUCAAACUUAAUCCAUUCCGGAAGAACGUUCCAAAACCAAAGCGUUCCAAAACCAAGGUGCGCUUUCCCAUAGAAAGUACAGUGGUACCUCUGGUUACGUACUUAAUUCGUUCCGGAGGUCCAUUCUUAACCUGAAACCGUUCUUAACCUGAAGCACCACUUUAGCUAAUGGGGCCUCCCGCUGCUGCCGCGCCGCUGGAGCAUGAUUUCUGUUCUUAUUCUGAAGCAAAGUUCUUAACCCAAGGUACUAUUUCUGGGUUAGUGGAGUCUGUAACCUGAAGCAUAUGUAACCCAAGGUACCACUGUAAUGCAAAACGGAUUAAUCCAUUUCAGACUUUUAAACCCUAAAGCAGCAAUUUAACAUGAAUUUUGCUAUCUAACGAGACCAUUGAUCCAUAAAAUGAUCAGGCAUAUCCAUCUUCCCCCGAGGGGGCUGGGGUGGGUGGCUGGGGUGGGCGGACAGCUCUCUCUCCCCCAAAAGCCAGCGCACAAUCUCUCCUCAAAUCAGCUGGGCUGUGGAGCUCUACCAGGGGACGCUUCUCCCCACUCCCCACCCCAAUCAGCAUGCGAUCUCUAGAUCCCUCUCUCUUUUCUCAAACCAGCUGGGCUGCGGAGCUCUGCCACGACGCUUCUCCCCACCUCCCCAAUCGGCGCGCACAGUCACAAAAACAAAUUAACCAAAAAAAAGCCUCAAAAAUGCAAAAUAAAUAGCAAAAACAAAAGCUCCAAAUAUAAGCUCCAGAUAAUCACCUCAGAACACUGCAAUUAAAAUGGGGGGGGGGGGAGGACGCAAAUUAGCAGUGCAACAGUAAAGACAGAAAGGGAAGCCUUCAAUUGCAAUAGGUAAAGGUAAAGGGACCCCUGACCAUUAGGUCCAGUCGUGACCGACUCUGGGGUUGCGGCGCUCAUCUCGCUUUACUGGCCGAGGGAGCCAGCGUACAGCUUCCGGGUCAUGUGGCCAGCAUGACUAAGCCGCUUCUGGCGAACCAGAGCAGCGCACGGAAACGCCGUUUUACCUUCCCGCCAGAGUGGUACCUAUUUAUCUACUUUCACUUUGACGUGCUUUCGAACUGCUAGGUUGGCAGGAGCAGGGACCGAGCAAUGGGAGCUCACCCCGUCGCGGGGAUUCGAACCGCCGACCUUCUGAUCGGCAAGUCCUAGGCUCUGUGGUUUAACCCACAGCGCCACCCGCAUCCCAUUUCAAUUGCAAUGGGGAGGCACAAAUUAGCAUUGCAACAGUAAAGACGGAAGCUCAGGACUCAAAACAGAGCAUGUUCGGCUUCCGAGGCAAAGUUCGCACAUCGGAACACCUACUUCCGGAUUUGUAGCGUUCAAAUUUCAAGUUGUUCGUGAACUAAACUGUUCAAAAACCGAGGUACCACUGUAUCAGCUAUGCAGUAUACAAAAUCUGAUUUUUGCUGUUCACUUGUGCACAUACCAUAUCUGGCAAAUAAGCGCAAUGGCUUGUGACCCGUUCAUGUCGACUGCAAUAUGUUAACAGUGUUUCACAACACAAUGAAGCUAUUGUGGAUUUCAAAAUGGUAAUUUAAGCCUACAGGAUGUUCUGUGGUGCAAAGAUUUAAGCAGAUAUCUUUGAGCAGGUCUUGGAAGCAUGUGGACAACACGCAGAUGUAGAGAGGUUGAGCUUCUGCUCUUGAGGAGACCCAGCUGAUCUUUCUGGAAACUUGGCAGGGUGGGAAUUUUUGCAACCUGCAUGAGUUUUAUGCAAAUUAGGCUUGUUUUGUAUGGUUUAAUCUGCUAAUCAAGGGGGAGGGGCAACCAUGCCAUGAACCUACAGAGCUCUCCUCUGGCUUCUGUUUUCAGAUUUAUACUUUCAGCUGGAAGGACGAAUGUCUUGCUUUAAAAAAAAAAAUUAUUAGAAACUUAAACAAAACAUAUUAUCCAAAAACAUCACAUGCUUAAUUUUCCCCCAUUUUCCUCCCUCCCAUAACCCCCCCCCCGACUUCCCUCAGUUCCAAUCUUUGCUUUAUGAACAUCUGGAGGGUGCAGAUGCUUUUUUUAAAUGGAAGUUGAGAUUUUUCUGGAUGUUGUGUUGUAUGCCCAACAGCUCAUUCUGUCAUUUUGAUGUGCAUGCUCAACUCUGCAGUGAGCACUGCCGGGUUGUACCUUACAGUAUUGGUAUAUACAAAAUAUAUGCCAUAUAUCCAGUUAAAGUGGGUUUUUUGGGGGGUGAACUAACUUUACAGUGCUUCUUGUUCUAGUUGCACUGGGACCCGAUUGUCCACUCAUUGUCAGCAACCAACUUGUGAAAAACUUUACAGCACUAUCCUUUGGCAACGGCAGGUAAAACAUACUACUUUGCUCUUACGUCUCUCAAUAUAUUUUUUUUCUUUUUUUUUUAAAUUAACAUAUUUAUUGAAAGUUCAAAAAGUGCAUAACUGUAUGUGCACCAAACAUGGUGAGACGCAAACAAAAAAGAGAAAAGGAAAAAGAGAAACAGAACCCGUGUAGAAGGUAAAACAAAGGGGGGAGGGGAGGAACCCAAAAUUGUAUAUUUUACAACGUGGUUGUUGUACUUCACCAGAUCUUAACCUAUUACAGUAUUUGUAAGAAUGGAUUCCAAAUAUCAUUGAAUUUGUCCAUGGCAAGUCUGCAUUUAUAUGCAAAUUGUUCAUAUGUUGCGAGUUUGUAUAAAUCUUCAAUUCUAUCGUAGAAGGGAGCCACAUUUUUAUUUUUCCAAUUCAUCAGUAUCCGUCUUUUUGCUGUGGUAAGGGCAGGGAGAGUCUACUCAUACUGUCCUUUUGUAAGGUUCCAUGUGCUGGGUAUAUAAUUCAAGAGGAUAUUUUGCUCUUUAAAUAUAAGGUUGUUCUGUUGAUGGUUUCAGUUACCUUCUGCUAAAAAUCUUUCAAUAUAGGACAAUGAAAAAACUUACGUUUUAGAAAAGCAUUAUCCCUAUUGUAUCUCCAACAGUUAGAUACCUUAGAUAACCCCUUUUUAAACAAACAUAAUGGGGUCCAGUAUAUUCUAAAUAUUAUUUUUGUUGUUGUAUGAGCCUCAAUUUAAGAUCCAGAGACACCCUUGUUAUAUCAGUUAAAACAGUUUCCCAUUCUGGUUUCUCUUCAGAUCGUGUAAAUCUUUCGCCUUGCACGUCUAUCAAAACUUGUUGAUCUUAAUUUGAACUGGCUAGGCCUUGGUCACUCGCUAAGCCGGGUUUUGCAGUACCCUAACACAACAAGGAUGAAACAAUUCUUUCCAGGAGAAAGUGUGUGUGUGUUCUUCCUUCCCAGUGCAUUUCAGCUGUAUACUGCAAUAUAUUUUGGGGGGCGGAUAUUUAUUCCUAAAUUCCUUGCUGUAUGAUGAGUCUCCCCAACUCGGGGAACACCCAACAGUGUACCUACAUGUGAUCUCUGCAAUUGAGCUAGAAUAUAAGGGUUCAGGCAAUAUCUGAGGUACCCUGGACUCAAGUUGCUCUGGGCUUUGUAAAUCAAUAAAAGGAGUUUAAACCUGGCUCUGUAGUAGUAGAUGGACAGCAAGUACAGGUUUUUUUAAAAAAACAAUGGUGCCAUGUGUUCUCGGCCAGGUGUCUGCAUCUGCAGCAGCUGGAGUUUCUGAACCAAACCCAAGGGCAGCCCCACAUAGAGCUCAAUACAGUAGUCCAGCCUCAAAGGUUCCCAAUGCAUGGGCUAUCUCUGUCUAGGAACGGCUGUAGCUGGUGAACGAGAUGAAGCUGCCCAAAGGCAAACGUGUAUCUGUUUAGUGUGCUUCCGUUAGUCGUGGGGAGUAAAUGUUCUGCAGGGUGUAGAAGCUCAACUCCCUGACCUGUGGAAAUCUUAAGCAUCCCCUCCUGUCUUCAGAGAUCUCACCACACAUUGGCUGCAUCCUUGGGAGUCUGGGUCUUGCUUUUUUUAGAAAAAAGGAAAGGAAGGAAGUACUCCAGAAGCUAAAUUCUGCACCUGACGAAUGCUAUGAAUCAUCAGAUAUACCUUGCUCUGGUUCGUACAAAGCGUAACUUGCUGCUUGUCUUAAAAUACUGCUCUUCUAACAAGCACCACUUUCCCCCAAGCCAUGAUGUACUCAGGCCUGCAUGUGGGCCAAGAUUUCACAGGCCAAAGCAUAGAGCAAGCAAAGUAAAGGAGUAAAAACUGCUGAACAUUUAUGCAAAAUGGGGAAAAUAAUUCCAAUUUGCAACUGCAGAAUUCAUCUUUCAUCCCGGAAUUUAAGUUUUUUUUAUGGUGAAGGUCUCCCGUUUUGUUCUUUCUGAGCGUGGGUUGGCCUGUAGAGUGUACACUGCCCUGAUUCACCCUCUCCUCUUUUGGUGUCUUAGGCUACAGAAUCAAGUUUCUGCUUCCAUGAAAGUGAAGAUUACGGCCUAUGCCAUAGCGCUGGCUUUGCAUAUUAACAACUUCCAAACAGACCUGACAGUGUUACAGCGGGACCUGAAAAUGCGGGACUCCAGGUGAGGUUAACCUUGACUGUGCUCAUGCGAGUCCUUCAUGGCUUCUGUAGCAUCUCCAGUGCUUCCCGGAGAACCUUAAAACACUCUCUUUCCGCACCCCACCAUUGAUUUCAGUGUUGGUCUCAAGGCCUAUUAUCUUCUGAUCCAGAUAAGGGGAUUUUUUUAAAAAAUGUGAAGAUUUUCUUUAUCAGAAUUUUCAGCCAAAAGUGUCUCUCAGAACAGCUUACAAAGAUGCAGGUGGCUCUGUGGUCUAAACCACUGAGCUUCUUGGGCUUGCCGAUCAGAAGGUCGGCGGUUCGAAUCCCCGUGACGGGGUGAGCUCCCGUUUCUCUGUCCCAGCUGCCAACCUAGCAGUUCGAAAGCACGUCAAAGUGCAAGUAGAUAAAUAGGUACCGCUCCAGCGGGAAGGUAAACGACGUUUCCAUGCGCUCUGGCUUCCGUCACAGUGUCCCGUUGCACCAGAAGCAGGGAAGGAUAAGUUACCCCUUCUUUCUGAUGCUGGGUGUUUGGCCUUAGAGACAAUGCUAACAAUGUGAAGGUGGUGGAACACAAAUAUGAGUAAAUCGGUCUCUUUACAUGCAUCUUUUAUUUUCUCCUGUCAGGAUACUCGACAUUGCCAAGGCAAUGAGGCUGAAGAUCUCCAAAAGCAAAAGCCUCUCUGGAUUGGAUGAACACAAACUGGGGACACUGUCUCUGCCCUUGCCUGUGUACAAAAUGCCAUCAGGCGGAAGGAAACGCAAGGCGAACUAAAUGGCGACUGUCACUCUUUGUCAAGCCCUGACUGUUCUCCAGUGUCACACCAGGCUGAAGGAAUGAAUUUGUCUUCCAGUUGUUGCAACUGAGCACCUUCUUGAACUGGACAAGGCCUUAAUAAAGGAUUAGACCGACAUCUGCUCUUGUAGAGUGAGUUGUAGUCCAGCAACAGCUCAGCUCAGGACCCAAGUUUGACAAACACUGCCAACUUGCAGCACUCAAGAUUAUCUUGGCCCAGGAGUAGGGA